AUGUUGCCGAGCCAGGCCGGGGCAGGGAACGGCGCCGCCGCCGCACUGGCCCGUGGCUCGGGGCUGGGCCGGUCGCCGGUGCCGCGUGGGGCGAACGGCGGCGGGGCGGCGGCGGGGCCGCCCGGGGGGCGCCUGGAGCGGGAGGCGCUGUACAGCGGCAGCGAGGGCGACUCGGAGUCGGCCGAGGAGGAGGAGCUGGGCGGCGAGCGGCGCGGCGUGAAGCGUGGCCUGGCCGAGGCAGCGGCGGCGGCGGCGGCGGGGCCCGCGGCGGGAGCAGCGGCGGCGGCGGCUGCCUACAGUGGCGGCGGGGGCGGCGGGGCCGUGAGCGGCGCCAAGCCCGGGAAGAAGACGCGGGGCCGGGUGAAGAUCAAGAUGGAGUUCAUCGACAACAAGCUGCGGCGCUACACCACCUUCAGCAAGAGGAAGACCGGCAUCAUGAAGAAGGCUUACGAGCUUUCCACGCUGACUGGCACUCAAGUCCUGCUGCUGGUGGCCAGCGAGACAGGCCACGUGUACACGUUUGCCACACGGAAGCUGCAGCCCAUGAUCACCAGUGAGACGGGGAAGGCGUUGAUCCAAACGUGCCUCAACUCCCCAGACUCGCCCCCGCGCUCGGACCCGACCACUGACCAGCGCAUGAGCGCCACGGGCUUUGAGGAGACGGACCUCACCUACCAGGUGUCUGAGUCGGACAGCAGUGGGGAGACCAAGGACGCACUGAAACCAGCGUUCACUGUCACCAACCUGCCGGGGACAACGUCCACCAUCCAGACAGCCCCCACCACCUCGACCUCCAUGCAGGUCAGCAGUGGCCCGUCAUUCCCUAUCACUAAUUACCUGGCGCCAGUGUCUGCCAGCAUCAGCCCCAAUGCCGUCACCAGUGCCAACGGGACAGUGCUGAAGACUACUGGAGCCAGUGCAGUGACAUCUGGGGGCCUCAUGCCGAUACCCACCAGCUUCACCCUCAUGUCAGGUGCUUCCCUUUCUCCGGGGACCCCUACCAUUCCUCUCACUCAGUUACAGCCGCACUCCCUGGCUCUUUCCAGCCAGCAGGGCCAGGUGGUCACAGGUACGGCUGGACAGCUGCAGCAGGCACAACAGACAGUCUUCCGCUUCCCUGCCAGAGCUGGAGGGCAGAUUGUGUCGCUGACAGGUGGUACCAUGGCUCAGCAGGUCCCAGUCCAGGCGAUCCAGGUGCACCAGGCACCGCAGCAAACGUCUCCCUCCAGCGACAGCAGCACUGACCUUACCCAGACCUCUUCCAGCGGAACAGUGACCCUCCCGGCGACCAUCAUGACGUCAUCUGUGCCAACCACUGUGGGUGGCCACAUGAUGUACCCCAGCCCACAUGCUGUGAUGUACGCGCCCACAUCUGGCCUUGCGGACGGUGGACUUGCAGUUCUCAACGCUUUCUCACAGGCGCCCUCAGCGAUGCAGGUGUCCCACGGCCAGGUCCAGGAUCAGGGUGGCGUCCCCCAAGUGUUCCUCACAGCCCCAUCAGGCACCGUUCAGAUCCCAGUCUCAGCUGUCCAGCUUCACCAGAUGGCUGUCAUCGGGCAGCAGAGCAGCAGUGGCAGCAGCCUGACGGAGCUGCAGGUGGUCAACUUGGACACCUCACACAGCGCCAAGAGUGACUGAGAGGCCUCUGCUGCCGGCCUUGUGCUGUCCCUGGCUUGUCAUGCCAACGCCAGGGCUGGUGGCAAUUCCUUCUCAUACAGACUGCACCAGUUAUUUAUUGUUGCCUUUUCACGUUUCCUUCAUCCACACAUGCACACACACACACACGCACCCACCCACCCACACACACACACCGGCAUGCGCGUGGGGCUGCAGGACCCACCUGGGGUGGAGCUGUGCUGGGGCCAUGCAGGGCUUGGGGUCGUUUGGAUGCUGCGAUAGCUGUGCUUGUCUCACGCCAGCCAAAGAAACUUGUCUCUUGAGAGGAGGAUUGCUCUGCUCUGUAAAUAAAUACUGCGGGCCAUUCCCAGCUGGAGGCUCUGGCUCCUUCUGGGUGCUCCGAGUCACCUUGCCCAUGAGUGUUUGCUCUGCGUGGGGCUCAGCUCAGACCCAGAGCUGUCCUGCGGGCGCAGCUUGGAGCAGAGUGGGCUGAGGCUGUGCUGCUGGCCUCAGCAAUGUGCCUUUGUGGGGGUGACAGGUCUUGGCCACAGCAACUCACCCUGGGCUCUGGACAGGGGGGAGUGGCCGGCUUGUGUGUGCAUCUCUGGUUGGGUCGGUGUGCCCUCCCUCUGGAGGGCAGGGCACAGCCUGUGGCACGUGGCCCCGUCCUCCUCGUCCUCGUAUGCACUACAGUGAGCCCUCUGCCCUCAGUGCCUCCUUUCUGGGCCACCUGGCAGAUUUGCAGCCUGCCCCGGCAGCUGCCCUCGCACAGCUGAGGUGGUCAGUGGAUGCCCAGGAGCACAGCAAUGCCCCGGAGAGCUCCUGGGGGGGCUCUGUGGCCGGCCCAGCCCCGCACUCUCCUCUCAGCCCUCGCACUGCUUGCGGACUCCGUACACCCAGGGGAACGUGGCUGGGUCUUUCGCACAUCCCCCUGCAGCUCCAGCCAGUGCUUUCUAAAUUUCUGUGUCUGAUGCAAGGUGGAGAAACAACUCAAGUGUCAAAGGGAAGAGCCCAUGGGGCACUGAGCUGCUGGGCAGGCGGCAGGCUCUUCCCCUGAGCACCAGGGUGACCUGCAGGCCAUCCUGGGCUGUGGAGGAGCAGCUGUGAUGCCUGUGCAGGCUCAGCAAGGCUGGGGGAGAAGGGCUGGAGCGUGCUUGGUCCUGCAUGGGAGUUGCUGUGAAUGGCUCUGCUACCUAGCCCUGUCCCUGGAGGGAGAGUGAGCAAGUGAGAGAAGCUGCUGAAUCCUUAGGGGAAGAAGCAGCUACUGUAACUUUUUUUUUUUAAGUUAAAGACAAAAGAAGCCUUGGAGAAAAAAGAGAAAAAAAAAAAAAAAAAGAAAAUUACUUUAUUUUUCUAAGUGUUAAACUCAGUAUUUAUGUAAUUCUUUAAGGAAUAAAAGUUUGGCUCCUGUACAGUUUUCAUGGGGUUUGUACCAGGGGGAUGGGAGAGGGGUGGGUGGGCAUGGAGGCAGGAAAGGGGCCUUGCUUUUGAGUUUGUAUUGUAACCUUGGACAUGUUCCCUCAGCAUUAGCGUUUAAGCUGCGCUCUCCACCCACCAGCAUGUGCCAGGGAUCAAGCUGAACCGAGUGGGAUGCUUGUUUCCCACUUACCUGUACUGAGGAUUCCAUACCCAUCAUUUUGGGCUUAAUGGGCAGAAGGCAAGUGAAGCAGUGGCUGGUCUCUAGAAGUGGGAAACCCAUCCCUCAGGAGCAAGGGGCUUGCAGUGUGCCUGGGAGCUGGAGACAGGCUGGGUUUUCUGUUGGCCACCCUGUUCACCUCUGGUCCUGGGACCUGCAGCUGUUCUGUCACUGCUCUCGGUGCAGAGCAGUGCUACCUGUGACUGCCUAAGGGAUACGGGCAUCCCCAUUCCUCCCUGGGUGGCGAGUGGCCAGCAAUGGCUGAUCCCUGCUCUCCCUGCUCGCUGCGCAGGUAGCAUCUCCUGAACUCCUAGCUGAUGAUCUGGGCUGUAGUUCCCCCUCUACAGCCCUUCCUUGGUGCACAGAUUUGGACAGGUCCCUUCCAGGACCCCUGUGCAAAGAGCUCCGACAACAGUCUUUCAGCCCUCAGUCUGUUACACAGCCUGGGAAGGGCUUGUGGGGAGUAGGGUGGCCCAUCUGGUGAGAGUGACAUUGCAUGCUGCCUCCCCUUAGUAUCCUUGCUCUAAGAGUGAUGCGUACCCUGCAGCUCGGAGCAUGCGGGAGUGCUGUGCCAUGCCCCAUUGCUAGGUGUAUGCAAGAUGCUCAGUGAUGCUUCCAAAACAAGGCUGGGUACCUAGGAAUUCAUCCAGGGAGAAGAAUGGGGUUGGUGUUUGCAUUGUCCGUUGCCCCAGCACAUCAGUGUGGCCUGGCUUUGCUCCGCUUUGCUUACACGAGCACAGUGGAGCAGAGCCAUUGGGCCAGGAUGGCAGGAGUGCCCCUGCUGCUGCAGGGAGUCUGACUGCAUCCCCUCCCUGGCUCCCCAAAGGCAACUGCUGGUUAAACGCUAAUGGUGUAUUUUAUUUAAGUGCAGACUUGUAAGAACACUUGUGUAUCAGGGAUGAAAUGGCAUUUAUUGUGUGGUGACAUUUUUAGUUCAUUUUACUGGUUUGAGGGUUGUGUGUGUGCGUGCGUGUGUGCGCGUGUGUUCGCAUAAGUGUGUGUGGGAUUAUUUUUUUUUUCCCCUCCAGUUUCCAGGGUUGUGUUUCUGGAAGGAUGUGGAAGUAAUCACAGUACUAUGUACAGAGCUUUCUUUUGUAUUAAAAAAAAAAAUUACUCUUUCAAUAAAUGUUAUCAUUUUGUGCACAGA